CGCAAGAUCAACAAAAAUUGCCCGUGCAGGAAUUAAGGAGGAAGAACCCCGCAAGGGAUUUCUUCAACGUAGAUCUCAUCGACUGCACGUCUGCAGAAUGUUUUUCAAGACGUGAGAAUAUUGAUUAGGAAGCCGCGGCAUAUUUUUUUUUUGGAUUUGGACCGAAUCCUUGUUUGGGCGAGUCGACAUGAAGUGGAAACAGUGGUUGUUUUUGACUUGCUUGCUGUCUGCUCUGCUGGGUCUGGGUCUAGCUCUUCGAAAGGACCCCUAUGAAGUUUUGGGCGUCAAGCGGUCGGCCACCAGUCCUGAAAUCAGAAAAGCCUUUAAGCACCUGGCCAAGGAAUGGCACCCGGACAAGAACAACAACCCCGAGGCGGAAGACAAAUUUGUCGAGAUAACACAGGCAUACGAGCUACUGAUGGAUCCUGAUCGUAGAAAGAAGUUUGACAGUUUUGGCAUUACUGAGGAUGCUCCAGCAUUCCAACACAAACCAGAUUACAGUCAGUACAGAAGAUUUGACCCUCUAGAUGACCUCUUCGGCUUCCAGGGCAGCUCGUUCAGAUUCCAUUUUCAGGACAGAGACAUAACAAUCUUCCAUAAGCUCAGCGUAACCACCAAAGCCUAUGAAAACCACCUAGUGCCAAAGAGCUACAGGACUCCUUUCCUGAUUCUCUUCUACUCAGAUUGGUGCUUUGCUUGUCUGCAAAUGGAGCCGAUCUGGAGGCGCAUCAUGGAAGAGUUGGAGCCUAUUGGUGUUGGAAUUGCUACGGUCCACUCUGAGAAUGAGCCUCUGCUUGUCAAGAAGGUUGGGGUCAGUUCUCUACCCUUGUUGGUCCUCCUCAUGGAUGGCAAGGCCAUGCAUUACAAAGAGUCCCUCUUCAGUGUGCAGAAAGUUGUUGAAUUUGUAAGGAGUAAGUUUCCCUACAAGUUGGUGCAACCUGUACACGAUGAAAACAUUGAAGGUUUCCUAAAUUCCUGGACUGAUAACAGAGUUCGAAUCUUGAUUUGCGAGAACCAAGAGUCGGUCAGACUACGAUAUAUCCUGAUGGCUUAUUACUACAGGGACAGAGUUGCUUUUGGGUUUGUGCAAGUUCGGUCACUUAAGGCUAAGGAAAUUGUGCAGCGCUUCAAAGUUCCAACAGACAAAGACACACUUCUCUUGUUUAACGAGAACACCGAGAGGCCGGUGGCUAGUCUCAGCAUGCCGGACAUUCCAAUUAAAACAAUGCACGACAUCAUCAGCAACAACAAAUAUUUGCUCCUUCCAAGGCUCUCUUCUCAAGCAAUGUUUGACGCCUUGUGCCCCCCAGAUUCAGCCAGGCCGCGUAAGAGGUUGUGUGUAAUUCUAGUGUCUCAAAACACACCAUUCCACGACGAACCGCGCCAGGUACUGCGGCAGUUUGCUCAGGACACUUCCUACAGUUCCGAGAGGGUUAGAUUCAUGUACAUCUUUAAGGAAAGGCAGACAGACUUCAUCAGUGCCCUCACCACAGGUCAAAACAGUCCACCUGAACCAACCCUGCAUGUUGUAAUUAUUUGGAGGUGUGACACAAGACGAAUCAAGUAUGACUGGUUGCCCGAAGGCUGGGGCAACUCUGGGCAACCACAGUGGAAUGCAUCGCGAGAGCGUCUCACCACCACCAUUCAGCGCCUUCUGCAAUCUGCUGAUGCUCUGAGCUAUGAAGCCAUUGUGCAGGAACUGAUUGACGAGCAUGCACAAGGAAUGGUUGGCAGGAUAUUGAAUAAAAUUUUUGUAGCUACUGAGUAUCUGCGUGACAAUGUCACUAAAGAGCAACUCUUGCCCGCACUCUCAGUUAUAGGCACUGUUCUCUUUAUUGUGGUCGCUGGAUACUUCAUGGCAUACUUGGUGCGUCUAGAGGAAGAGAAAAUUGCCAAAAGCAGCUCAAAUGGAAUGGGUGGUGGGAAACUGCAGAACCCACAGCAGCAGUUGAAGCUUCACGAGCUGCGGCCAGAAACAUACAACGGAAUGGUGCGUCUUCUAAAACCAGGGUGCAGAACCAUCGUACUGCUGGUUGAUCAGGAAUCCCGUAAAGAGCUGCUCAUCAAAUUCCACAAAACUGUGUGGCCCUAUAGGAAGAACAAGACCCUGAUGUUUGGGUACUUGAAUCUGGAGAAGGGUCUUGAAUGGUACAAACGGCUGCUCAUGCUGAGUCUGCCAGAACCACGGGACCUCAACAUCAACCCAAAGAACUGCAUUGGUACAGUCAUUUCUCUGAAUGGGCACAGGAAGUACUUUUGCAUGUACCAUGCCAAGCACCCCGAGAGCAUGAAGGGUAAAGGGUCAAAGCGGUUGGCGAGAAUGACCAAGAGAAUCAGCAACUACGAGGCAGGAACAAAUGGAGCAUUUAUGGGAUUUGAAACCUCCGAGUCUGAGGACACUGAAAACUCGGAUCUGGAGCAGGGACCGCCUGUCAAAAAUGGAAUGAACAACGACAGGUACAGCAAUGUGGUUUUUAAGGAGAAUCUGUUGGAUGGCCUGGCAAACUGGCUAGACAGGCUCUUUGAAGGCAGCACAUAUCGCUACUACAUCAACUACUGGCCGGAUUUUCCCAAUUACUGAUUCUCCCUUUGGUUGUUUUUAAAGACCUUUUUUGAUCAAAACACUAAUUUUAUUUAUGAUUUAAAGACUGUUGGGCCACAUUUGGUUUCCAAAUAUCUAUAUUAAUUAGUUAUUCAGCGCUUUUUGCCAUUUUAUACUAAAAUAAGCAUGUGCCAUACUUUGAAAACAAAAGGAGACUUGUUUCAAAUUGAAGCCUCCUAAAAUAAUGGAAUCGUUAAGCACGCUAUUAUCAAUUUUUUUGUAUCAUGUCAAUCUCAGCAGAGCUGAAAUAUUACACUUAGUUUUUUGCUAGUCCCCACCUGUCGUUGAUUUGUGCCCUGACAGAUAAAAAGAUGUUACUGUUGCUUGUUUUAAGAGUUACUGCAUGCUAUAUUGAUCUAACACGAAAUUGUGAUUUUAAGACGUUGAAUGACCACAUAAGGGCACAGAUGAGAUGUUGUGAUGUUUGUCGUAUACAUAUGUGUAAUUUCAACACUUCAGUUCUCUCCCCAUCCGAUAAUCAGUUGUUAAAAUACCAUUCUAGUCAGUUUGUACGGUUGCUUGACAUUUUAAAAAAGGAAUUGCUUCAACCAAGUGCCAAUUAAUUUCCUUGCAUAAUUUAUAUCGAUAUACUUAAGAACAAUCACACCUUUUUCCCUUGAAAUUUAAUCCCACCACCACAGACUUUGUGACAAAAAGGUCCCACGGUAUACUACUGCACUUGCAAUUUAGCUCUCUAAAUUAUUAGUUGGAACGAUAAAAUGAUAUUAAAUUAAAUCACACUGGUCACAAAAAGAUACCUCUUGUAUCCUAGAAUAGAAUAAUCACAAGAUAAUCCAAAAAUUAUAAUUAUUAUUACAACUUGCCAAAAAAAGGCGCUGAUAAAUGUUUUUCUAAUAUUCCUGGAACCGUAAAAAUAAAACAUUAAAGAAUAAAUAUUUGCCUCAUUUUAAAGUGCCUU